AUGGAGCCAUCAGGCAGCUUUCUGCUUUUGGUCAGCAUGGCCUAUCUGUUCAUCUUCACAGCGUCUUCAACCCAAAUUUUGAAAACAAAUGUUUUUAAGCCACAGGAGGGUCCAGAACCUGCGUUUAUUCUUGAAAGAAAAAAUGAAGCUAACCCUCAAGGAGAACAACAGGAAUCUAAUCAGCAAGGAGGUAGCAACACACAAGGAAAACAAGCAACAUUUAGCCUGCAAGGACAAACAGGGUAUUCUAACCAGCCAGGGAAACCAGGGAAUUUUAAUAAGCAAGAAAGGCCAGGAAUUCUCCAUCAGCCUGGGAGUCUGCAAGGGAAUUCAGGAGGCUCUAAUUCAAAAGACAAUGCUGAAGCUUCUAAUGAACAAGGAAAACCAGGAUCUUCUAGCCAGCAAGGGCAUCCAGGGUCAUCUAACCAGCAAGGGCGUCCAGAGUCAUCCGGCCAGCAAGGGUAUCCAGGGUCAUCCAGCCAGCAAGGGUGUCCAGGGUCAUCCGGCCAGCAAGGGUAUCCAGGGUCAUCCAGCCAGCAGAGGGGUACAGGGUCGUCUAGCCAGCAAGGGGGUGCAGGCUCAUCUAGCCAGCAAGGGGGUUCAAUUUCAUCUGACCCACAAAGAAGACCAGGAUGGUCUAACCAACAAGGGAAAUCAAGGUCUUUUUACAAUCAAGAAGAAAGAAAAAAUGUAGGCAACCCUUUGAAUGCCAAUAUAAUGGAGAUUCAGACUGGAAAAACCAGCAGCAAGAAC